UGGUUAAGUGGCAACAAUACAAUGAACUAAAAUAAAACACUUUACCAAACCAACAGGAAAGGAAAAGCAUUUUGUCAUAAACGUUUUGUCUUCCUCUGUAGUUCAUGAUGAUUUUGAUAAAUGGAGCAUGAAUCUCAAUGUUACUCUUAUGCUUUGAAGAAGGAAACCGAGCAAGUUGUCUUUGGGAAAGGGAAAGGAUUCUAGGUCUCUCGUUUUUACUGUUUCCAGCUUCUCGUUUUUACUGUUUCCAUUUCUAUUUGGGAAAGGGAAGCUUCCAUGCAUGUUCUCUCUUUGAAGCAAGCAAGGAUUCUUUUGUAUGCUACAGGAUUCUUUUGAUCAUGAAAAUGAUUAAGCUUCGGUCAGCGUGCUUCAUGAUUCCAUCAACACAUCUUUGUCUCCUAAAGAUUUUUCCACCGAAAGCCUUCGGAUGUAGAAAAAGUAGGGGUCAAAGCUGGGAGUUGAAGAUUGUCAUUUUGUGGCUGGAUUAUAAAAUUCUUCUUUUGGAUGGGGCAAAUGAGGGUUUGGUUAUUGUGUCAUAUUCUCGCGGAGUGAGUUUUAGAGAACCUUUUAAAAACCAAUUAAUGGAGUUCUUCAGGAACACUUGUGGAUGAGAAGAUUUCAGAGGAAGAUAUGGAGUUGUCUUCUUCCCUCAGUGAAAUCUGAUGUUUGGCAGGAACACUUGUGUAUCUUCUUUCAUUGGUGUUUUUGAAUGAAAUAUGUCAAGUCUAACACUAAGGUACAAGAUUGUUUUGUAUGCUAUAGCCAUGGUGGUAGAUUUUGAUCAUGAAAAUUGUGAGGUAUUUUUGGUUUCUCUCUGUUUCAGGUGAAAAGAACAAAACAUGACGAAUCAGAGCUAAGCUACGGUCUGCCCGUAGCCAGCGUUACGUCCCGUAGCACACCAGAAGCUGUGUCAUAUUCCAUUUUCACAACAGGGUUCAGACUGCUUAAGCUGUUUUAUUUCUGCAUCGAACACUAAUUUUAAGCCAUUCUUAAUAGAUUUUAGGCCUUCUGGUGUGUCACUUACAAGCAACUAGACAUACUUAAAUCAAACAUCAAGCCUUAUAGUGGUACCUUGAUGGAGUUCUCAGGAGACAAUGCAGAAGGCACGAGAUUCCUUGAAUUGUGACUUUCAUGGUCGAUGUGUGAAAAUUUUCAUUUCUGAAAAGGAUGUUGAUGGUCGAUGAAACGUUGGCAUACAACCUCGCCAUUGUAAGUAGACACAUGCUAAAUUCAAUUUGAGACCUUGUAUCAAAACCCCACUUAGCAAUGAAGUUUUCUUUAGAGAACAUGGAGAUUUCAACGUCAAGAAUAUUUUUAUGGAGUCCAACGUACAUGCCCGACAUGUUCUCAAUAUUUGGUGAUUAUUGUUCCUUUAUUUUUCUGCUUGUAUAGAAUUCCUAACUUCACAUUACAUGUUUGUUUGAAAGUUCACAACAAUAUUCUAAACAAAAUUUAACUUUUCGUUUUU